GGUAAGAUGAGUACAUGUGCCUUGGAGCCAAAUUCUACAAAGCAGCUCAGCAGCAAGGAGAACCAAAAACCUUUACCACAGACCUUUCAGGCACACAAUACACAUACCAGUGCAGAAGCUCCUCAGCAACCCAUUUCAGAGAGGCCACCAUACUCCUACAUGGCCAUGAUCCAGUUUGCUAUCAAUAGCAGAAAGAACAGGAGGAUGACCCUCAAAGAGAUUUACAUGUGGAUUGAGGACAAUUUCCCUUACUAUAGAGAUGUGGCCAAACCAGGCUGGAAGAAUUCCAUCCGCCAUAACCUCUCUCUGCAUGACAUGUUCAUUCGUGAAACGUCUCCAGAUGGUAAAAUGUCUUUCUGGACUAUCCGACCUGAAGCCAAUCGAUGCCUCACACUUGAUCAUGUGUACAAGCCGGGCUGUGAUCCAGUGACUGCCACUGUUCCUGUGCCAAUGCUUUUACUGGCUAAUCAACACCAAAAGAGGACACUUCCAGAUGCAAGAAAAACACCAACUAGCUAUGAGAGAAAGAUGAAACCUCUUCUGCCUCGAACCGAUUCCUACUUGGUGCCCAUACAGCUCCCCGUCACUCCUUCUGUCUAUCUGCCAUCCACUUCUACCCCUUUUCCUCCGCCCUGCUCCCAGCAGAAGGGGAACAAUUCACGAGGAGCAAAGAGAGUCCGCAUAGCACCGAAGGUGACACAAAGUGAUUCCCCAGCUGUGAUGAUAUCUCCUCAGAAGAAUACGGACUUUAAGGUAGAAGUGAAGGAGGAGCUGGUAUGUGUUCCAAUUAAAUGCGAGACCCCCAAAGCUCCUCCAAAGAGACAAGCCAGCAGCUCACGGCGCAAACAACGUUUGGUUCUCUCUGUGAAUGAAGAGCCUGUUCUCCUCUGCCACGAAAGUAAUUUCUUUGACUCUGGCGUAGCCUCCGAUGCUUCGACAUUCCAGGACAAUCCACAUAUUGAGCUGGAUGAAGCCAAGCACGGGCAGGAAAGCCCAGAUAGGGAGUUUUCAUUCAAAACCCCGAUAAAAAGUAGCAGCCAUUUGACCUCAUCCACCCCCAGCAAGCCACCUUCUUAUGUUGCACUUGAGUCUUGGAAAGUGACCCCGGUGGGCAAAGGAAGCCAAAAUAUUCUGGACUUCAGCCCUAUUCGUACACCAGGUGGUCCCACAGUUACUCCACGACAUGACUACACCACCUUCAGCUUCAGCAGCACUCCCUUCAAAGACUUGCCUCUGUUUAACUCCCCAAGAGAGCUGCUCACAUCCGCUCCCUCCAAAGUGACUGGACCAGCAGAGUCACCAACCGAAUGCCUCAAAAGUAGCUGCUCCAGAGAGCUUCUGCAGGGAGGCAGUUCCACAGCAGCCAGUCGCUCAAUCACAGAGGGCCUCGUCUUGGAUACCAUGAACGACAGCCUGAGCAAGAUAUUGGUGGAUAUUAGCUUUUCUGGUCUGGAUGAUGACGACCUUGGUAUGGCGAACAUCAGCUGGUCUGAGUUCAUCCCUCAGUUGAAAUAGCCAGGGGGCCGAAACACAUUCUAUGGCUAAGCAGUGUCACCUGUUUCUUUUUCCUUUUUUUUUUUUUCUUUAUGUAAACACUACGUGAUUUAGGCCCACACCAAAGCAA